CGUUGGCUGGUCCUGAACCGUUUGGCUUUCUCCACUAGCAAACAGCCCCACAAUGUACCUCAUUCGCUGUUAAAUAUAUUUUUUAAAGGUUUUUAGCCCUAUCUACGCUGAUGUAAACCGAACCGGACGUUCGUUUGGGAAUUUAACUCGCUCUUCGACGUUUCAAAGCAGGCUUAUAACGCUUUGUUGCGGCUCUGUUUUAAAAAAUAGUCGAGGAGGAGGAAAUUCCACACAGGCAGCACAGCACAGAAGGCACCCCUUGUGUUGAUCCGGAUAUUUGAAACUGAAGAGACUCUCCCCAGCAGUGUAAGGUUGAAGGCUGACAUCCCAACAAGACCUGAUCACAUGGUGCUGAGACAUUUGGGCAGGACCCUUAUAAAACAUUUGCAUUGUGGAAAAAGGGUUGAUACUGUGGCUUGUGUCCUGUGUGCUGAACUCAUGGUGUAAGCAGGUGUAAAGAUGAGCAUAAGCAGUGAUGAGGUCAACUUUUUGGUGUACAGAUACCUACAGGAGUCAGGGUUUUCCCAUUCAGCCUUCACGUUUGGCAUAGAGAGCCAUAUCAGCCAGUCCAACAUCAACGGAGCCCUAGUGCCCCCUGCUGCCCUCAUCUCCAUCAUUCAGAAGGGCCUGCAGUAUGUGGAGGCAGAAGUUAGCAUCAAUGAGGACGGCACGCUGUUUGACGGCCGGCCGAUCGAGUCUCUGUCACUGAUUGACGCAGUGAUGCCGGAUGUGGUACAGACGCGGCAACAGGCAUACCGAGACAAAUUGGCCCAGCAACAGGCCGCUGCAGCACCCCCUGCCACCAGCACCAACAUGCAGGGCAAUGCCAAAAACGGAGAAAACACCGCCAAUGGAGAGGAGAAUGGUGCACAUGCCUUACCUAAUAACCAUGCAGACAUGAUGGAGGUGGAUGGGGAUGUGGAGAUCCCGCAGAAUAAAGCCAUGGUGCUGAGGGGCCAUGAGUCUGAGGUGUUCAUCUGCGCCUGGAACCCUGUCAGUGACCUGCUUGCUUCUGGGUCUGGGGACUCCACUGCUCGUAUAUGGAACCUAAGUGAGAACAGUACCAGCAGCUCCACACAGCUAGUCCUCAGGCACUGUAUACGAGAGGGCGGCCAGGAUGUCCCCAGCAACAAAGAUGUUACAUCAUUAGACUGGAAUAGUGAGGGUACAUUAUUAGCCACAGGCUCCUAUGAUGGCUUUGCCAGAAUAUGGACUAAAGAUGGGAAUCUUGCCAGUACUCUGGGUCAACAUAAAGGUCCUAUAUUUGCAUUGAAAUGGAACAAAAAAGGAAAUUUCAUCCUUAGUGCUGGUGUAGAUAAGACAACAAUUAUUUGGGAUGCUCAUACAGGAGAGGCUAAGCAGCAGUUUCCCUUCCAUUCAGCUCCUGCUCUGGACGUGGACUGGCAGAGCAACAACACCUUCGCCUCCUGCAGCACGGACAUGUGCAUUCAUGUGUGCAAACUGGGCCAGGAUCGACCUAUUAAGACAUUCCAAGGACACACAAAUGAAGUAAAUGCAAUCAAAUGGGAUCCAACUGGCAACCUGCUGGCUUCCUGUUCUGAUGACAUGACGCUGAAGAUCUGGAGUAUGAAGCAAGACACGUGUGUUCAUGACUUACAAGCUCACAGCAAAGAAAUAUACACUAUCAAAUGGAGCCCAACUGGCCCUGGCACCAACAAUCCUAAUGCCAAUCUUAUGCUUGCCAGUGCAUCCUUUGACUCCACUGUUCGGCUAUGGGAUGUAGAUAGAGGCAUCUGCAUUCACACGUUAACCAAACACCAGGAGCCAGUGUACAGCGUGGCCUUCAGUCCUGACGGCCGCCAUCUGGCCAGCGGCUCCUUUGACAAGUGUGUACACAUCUGGAACACACAGACUGGUGCUUUAGUUCAUAGCUACAGGGGAACAGGGGGCAUUUUUGAAGUUUGCUGGAAUGCAGCUGGUGACAAAGUGGGGGCAAGUGCAUCGGAUGGCUCUGUUUGUGUAUUAGAUCUGAGGAAAUAACGCUGCUUGUUGGAAGCCAUGGACCGACUAUGAAUGUGUACAUAGCCAAAAUGACUGUCCCUGCCCCAUGUACUGCUACAAUCCCUAUUGUACCAUGGCCAGCCACUACAGACAGGAAAACAAGCACCCUGACAAAGACCAAGCAGAGUGGAAGUGAUUCCAACCAGAGACAUAAAAGGGACUUUUGUAAGUAACAUCGGUGGGGGAAAAAAUACAAAAGACGACGAAGAAAAAAAGGACUGGUAUAUUUACCAAAUUUGGAAGAUAUUUUACUAUUUGUUCUUCAAACCAAUCUCAUCAAAAUAAACGAGCGAAAAGAUUUUAAUCUUUGUUGUUAGUUCCAUUUCAGUGUGCACACAUAUCUGCUUUUUUCUGUUUCGUUCUCGUCAACUUUUGUGUUUUCUCUUUCUUGCUCUGUCUAUCAACACGUACUUUUUUUAAGGUCACAGCUGCAUGAAAUAAGGACUCAUCUUUCUCUUUUUUACACAGAAUACAGUUAUUUGAAGUCUUUGGGUACUAUACAUUUUGUGGUUCAAAAAAGACAAAAAAAAAAAACAAUGUGGGGACUUGAAACUUUAACUUUUCUUUAUUCUUCAGUUGUAGUUGCUUUCGUUGAACUGUUCAAAUCCGAAUGCAGUCAAGGUUUGGUUGUUGUUUUUUGUUGUUUUUUUCCUGAAGGAGGCAUAAAUUCUGCUGAACUAAAAUAUACUUAAAUAAUAGGGGCACACAAUUUAAAGGGAUGCAUAGAGUGCAUUAUGUUAUGUUUGGUUUGUGCAGCAAGAUGUUAACUGUAGACUGAGUUAACUGCUGUAGUUACUCCUUAGAUGUUUCCUCUAUUGCAUUAAGAGCAGGCUUACCUUUCCAAAAAUGUAUUUCUCGUGGAAAAAAAAGAAAAACAGAAAAAACAGGAAAGAUCAUCUGGAUGGAAUAAUUGAAGACUAAAACUGGACAACUUGUUAGGACUGUUCUUGAGACCGAGAUGAAAAGGAGGGAAGACUUGCUUUAAGUUUCACAGUUUUUCUGUUCACUGGCAUUUUCAAAUGAUGGCUUCUUCAUAUUUGUUAGGCAAAUUGCCUGAGUUUCUGUUGGCAACAUUUUUAGUGCAAAUUCAUGGAAAUCAUAAGGCUUGCGUAUUGACAAAGUAGUCCAGUAGCAAAGUGUUUUGGCAACUGCCUGCUUUUUAAUCUGUAGUGUUCACUUGCUGAAAUCUGUUCAUUUUUCAAAGGUUUAUUGCAAAUCAAGCAAAGCAGCCCUUCAUUGUCCACUCUGAACAUAUUUUCUACACCCACAAUGUUUCAUAAUUCAGUAAUUGUAGCACUUCAACAUAAACAAAUCAAUAGUAAUCUGUUGCGCCUUUGUGUCUGAUACAUUCUGAAAUAUUUUCUCAGUGAUACAUCAGUAAUUUAUUUUAUUAAAUACUGAAUUUGUACAUAUUAGCUUACUCUAUCCAGCAGUAUGUAAGCAUAGCAAAAUACUGGAUGAAAGCCAGUGAUGGAGGUCAGGGACGGAUUUGUAGAGCAUAUUGUUUCACAAAAACAUGCAAAGAGCAGUACACACAUACAAACAUACACAAACUAGCGAGAAAAGUAGCAAAAAUCAGUGACCGAAGCUUAAGGCAAGUCUUAAGUACUUGGUGGGAAAUUAAAAUGAAUGAAAAAUGAAAAUUGUCUUUCAUAAAUUCAUAAUUUAAUUGCCCUUUGUUUAUUAUGCAACAAAAACAUGUUUUGUGGCACAAACAAAACCGGUAGAUCAUCCAUUUUCAACUUUGCUUCUGUUGCAGAUCCUAAAAGUAAAAAAAAAAACAAAAAAAAAAAACACCUUUACCUCACUUUAAUUCUCUUAUCAGUGUUAGUGAGUCCGUUACACUGACACAGCAGAAUUGGCUAUCAGGCUCCAAGGCAUUUCUAACAGAGCCUGCAUCAUUGUUUUAUGGCCCCAGUGAUAAACUGUCUCCAUUUUAAAAGCCUUAUGUUAAUGGUUUCAUUUUAGGGUAUCGCUUGAUAUAUAAACUUACGUUUUAUACAGAGCAUAGUACUUAGAGACCUGUACAAAAUCGUCUACUGUAAGUAGACUCAACCAUCUGAACACUAUUUAUUACACAGUCAUUGGCCGUGGAAAGGUUUAGUUUUCUUUCUCCAUAAUCUGCUCUCCCAGUGUCUGCUUGCCCACCUCUUUUAAUUUUGUCACUAUCAAAAUUCUCUUCAUAUUAUCACCAUAAUAUGUUUACUUGCUAUCAGUUAUGAUCUCCACCCCCCCCCCUGAACUUUUUGUACUCUUUUAGUACUUUUGUAAUUCAUAUUUCUUUGUAGCUAUAUUAAAAAAAAAAAAAA